AUGGAUCAUGAAACUACAACAUUUAAAUUUACUGUGAUCUAUACUCCCGGAAGCCAAAACGCAGCUGAUGUACUUUCACGCCAGGAAAAUGCAAACAAUAAUACUCCGAAUCAAGAGCAAACAAGCGCAGAAGACUAUGUCAAUUUCGUAAUCGAACACGCAGUACCAAAAGCAAUGACCAUAGAGGAAAUUGAGCGCGUAUCCGAAAAUGACCCUACGCUGCAACAAGUACGGGAAAACAUCACUUCAGGAACUUGGACCAAAUCGGACAAAAUUUUACCUUUUUACCAUAUCCGAUCAGAGUUAGCAGUUCGAGGACCGAUUGUACUAAAACAGGCUCGAAUGAUCAUCCCACAAUCCCUGCGGAAGAGAACACUAGAAAUCGCACAUGAGUCACAUCAAGGAGUCGUUAAAACAAAGGCACUUUUACGAGAAAAAGUGUGGUGGCCAAAAAUGGACGAAGAUGUUGAAACCGCUGUAUUGUCAUGUCAUGCAUGUCAAAUGGUAUGUAAAUCAAAUCAAAGAGCACCCGUUACGAUGACAGACCUACCCACAGGACCUUGGAAAAAAUUAGGAAUGGAUUUAUGCGGACCAUUCCCAACCGGAGAACAAGUAUUAGUAAUAGUUGAUUACUAUACCAGAUACCCAGAAAUCGAAAUCAUGAAGUCUGUAACUUCAAAAGCUAUUAUUAGACGACUAGUGAGAAUUUUUGCAACCUAUGGAUUACCAGAAGAAAUAGUCACAGAUAACGGCAGACAAUUCAUAUCGGAUGAAUUUGAAAAUUUCUUAGCGCGGAACGGAAUUAAAUAUCACAGAACUUUACCGUACUGGCCUCAAGCUAAUGGAGAGGUUGAAAGGUUUAAUGCAACACUAAAGAAAUCUGCACAAAUCGCAAAAGUAGAGCGCAAGGAUUGGAGAUUUGAAAUAUAUAAAUUUCUCCUAAAUUAUCGGAAUACACCGCACAGCACAACAGGAGAAUCACCUGCAAAAUUAAUGUUCGGCAGAGAAUUGAGAACAAGAAUACCACAAUUGCCACAAAUUCAAAGGAACAGAAUUCUUAACCGUCGGGACAGAAGAAAUAAAAUUCGAAUUAAAACAUAUGCAGACCGAUUGCUCAACGCAAAAUCUUUCAAAUUGCUUGCGGGGGAGAGAGUGCUGAUAAGGAACAAUAUGCCAAAAUCCAAGUUAGACACAAAAUGGAAUGAACCGUUCACAGUUAUAUCCCACGAGGGCAGUGCUGUGAAGAUUGACAUUAAUGGUAGAGCUACUUAUCGAAACAUCAACCUCGUGCGACCCUUUAACGGCACGCGAUAA